GGGAAAUGAGGACUGUCAUGGCUCAUCAGCACUCUUCGUGGAUCUUCGUUAAUGAGAGGACAUUCAUUACCAGGGAACAACUUUAUUCUUUAUUGAAGACCUAUAACAUUUUUUAUGGGAACCAGAAAAAUCUGCAUAUUUUAUAUGGACAGACAGAAGAUGGAGAACCAAUUGUUGAAGGAAUGUUGGACAUUUCCUGGGGAGUAAAACGGCCUAUACAACUGAAAAUCCAAGAUGAGAGGCAAAUCGCUUCUUUUACUAAAGUGAAGUCGCCAGAUGUCUUUUCCAAAAGGGGAAUGACACGCUGGGGAGAGUUUGAUGAUCUUUACCGUAUUAGUGAUCUGGACAGGACCCAGAUUCCAGCAUCUGAAGCAACAAAUUCCCAAGAAGGUUAUUUAUCUUAUCAUAGUAGCACUCUGAAACCUUACGCAAAAGAAGAGCCAGAAUCCCCACUGCUCUAUCGCACCAUGAGCGAAGCAACCCUGGUGAGAAAAAGGAUGAAGCCUCCAAUGGUGGACAGAAAAAAGUUACAGAAGCACAGGGCCUCUAUUAACGGGCACUUCUAUAACCAUGAAAUUGAAAAUAGUGCCCAAGAUUUUGCACUUUACAUUAUUUUUGCAACAGGAGAGCAGAGACGGCUAAAGAAGACAGAUGUCCCACUGCUGCAUAGGCUCUUGCAGGGACCUUCCAAAGACAAUGCUCGCAUUUUCCUCAUGGAGAAAGAUACAGAAGAAAUUAGCAGUGAUGUGGCUCAGUACAUUAACUUUCAUUUUUCUCUCCUGGAAUCCAUCCUUCAAAGAUUAAAUGAAGAAGAGAAGAGAGAGAUCCAAAGAACAAUAACCAAAUUCAGUACAGAAAAGGCUAUUAUACUGAAAUGUCUUCACAGUAAACGGGUAGGAAAAACGGAGACAGCAGUUUAGCAGUACAAGCUGCAAUUGCUAAAACACUCCAAGAGAAUCAGAGGGAUAUUACUAUUUGAUGAAUGCAUGCAUUCGACCCUUGCAUGCAUACAAAUAUAUAUGAACUGGAAUCUGUGGGAAAUUGAAUGUCGCAAAAGCUUGUCUCCCUUUGAAGUGAUGAGGUUAACUAGGGUUCACAGUUGCACUGAAAGGGGCUUGAAUUUAGUUUCAGUAGCUGAAACAAGCUUGGAUACUGUGUAUUCCAAAUACUUUAAUAGUAAAACACUCAGUGA